UUAUUAGAAGAAUGCGGCAGCAUAAUCUGGCAAUGACCAUUAUGAACAGAAGGUUAUCAGAACGAGCUUGUUGAAUGAUGCGAUAAUAAAACCGACUAGACUAUCUCAAGUGGCGAAUUAGAAUUAGCUAUAAGAAGCUAUAAAUGUAGCAGAAGUUUAUUACAUUUAAACCGCGAAAGAUUUGCUUGAAUCCAUCACCGCAGGCAGAUGAGGCUCCUAGUCCUCGUCAUUCUUCUCCCCGUCCUUGCGACCAGCAGGAUUAUCCAUGGGGACAUUAAAAGCAACGAAAUUAAAGAAGACGAAUGCAAUUUACCCGAGGCUCUGAAGCAAGAGAUCCGGUCGUAUGAAACAGUGGCUAACACCAUCAUUAAUAGCCUAGUCAAUGGGAAGUACAAGGGUGGCACUUAUAAGGAGUUGGCCAAAUUCGUGGACACAUUCGGGGCGCGAGUGUCGGGCACGGAGAAUCUGGAAGAUGCCAUCGAUUAUGCCCUGGACCUUAUGAAAGACUAUGAGCUGGAAAAUGUGCAUGGGGAAGAAGCGCAAGUACCGCACUGGGUCAGAAAUCAUGAAAUCGGAGAGCUGGUUUCUCCGCGAAAAGCCUCACUUCCAGUGCUCGGUUUAGGAAGCUCCGUCAGCACUCCAGAAGAAGGCAUUGAAGCUGAAGUGAUCGUCGUCAACACUUUCGACGAGCUCAGAUCGGAGAACGUCUCCAGAGAGGUGAAAGGAAAAAUCGUCGUUUACAAUGAGGAAUAUGUGUCCUAUGGAGAAACCGUCCAGUACAGAAGUCAAGGAGCCUCAGAAGCCUCAAGGCUUGGAGCUGUUGCCAGUCUGAUUGGCUCUGUCACUCCCUUUUCGAUGUCCACUUUGCAUACCGGCUGGCAAGACUACGACGAUGGAGUCACCCCAAUCCCCACCGCCUGCAUCACGAAAGAAGACGCCAGACUUUUGCAACGAUACCAGGACAGAGGAGAGAAAAUUGUAGUCAAACUGAACUUGAGCUACACAAGAUUUAGCGACAGCACUUCGCGAAACUCCGUAGGCGAGAUCGAAGGAAACACUGAUCCGAAGAAAGUCGUGCUGGUAAGCGGACAUUUGGAUAGUUGGGACGUUGGAGUAGGAGCAAUGGAUGAUGGCGGCGGAGCCUUUAUCAGCUGGUACGCUUUGGCAGUCCUCAAAGGCUUGGGAUUGAGGGCUAAACGCACCUUGAGGGCGGUGUUGUGGACAGCUGAAGAACCAGGGCUGGUCGGAUGGGCAGAGUACAACAGGACCCACUUUGAAGAGCUCAGCAAUUUUACGUUUGUGAUGGAAUCAGACGAAGGAACUUUUACGCCGUUGGGAAUCGAAUAUGCUGCCGGAGCUGAGGGCGGCUGCAUUAUACAAGAGAUUGUUAAUUUGUUAGCUCCGAUAAACGCCACUCAAGCUGUAGCUAGUAAGGGCGGAGUUGGUUCCGAUAUAUCGUCAUGGACAAGCCAUUUAAUUCCAGGCGCCAGUCUUUUGAACGCCAAUGAAAAGUACUUUUGGUUCCACCAUACUCAAGCAGACAGAAUGGAAGUUCUGGACCCGGACGAUUUGGACCGGGCAACUGCCCUUUGGGCAGUAGUUUCCUACAUAAUCGCGGACUUAACAGAGGAUUUUCCCCGAACGCGGGACAAUGCACAGUCUAACAUAGUAAAUGUGGUACCUGCGUAACCACUGUGGGCAAUAAAGGCGGGCAACCACUUACGAUUUGGUCACUUUGCUUCUGUCCAUCGAAAUUAUUUGAUUGCUGUCUCGUAACCUCCAUAGGAUGUACAUCGGAGGGCCUUCCGAGUGGAAUUUCGGUUCGUCCCAGACGCAUUUCACUCUAACUCGAGCGGACAGACGUUCUAUUAUAGAAAAAAAACUGUAUAAACCACAAUAAAAAUUUUGCGUUGUA